ACUACUGGUGUGUGUCCCACCGCAGAUCCAAAGCGGAAAAGGCUGUGGAUUUAACGACGGCAUUCCGUAUGGCGUCUUACCGCCGUAACCGAUAAUACAAGCCGUUCUCCCAUUAUGCGCAGACUCUUCGUUAACUGUGACACAAACGAGCAAACAGUGCAGUGCAGGUAUUCAUGGAUAUAGUUGGUGGUUCAUUCAACCAUCUGAUUCCCAGUGACCAGUUGGAUGAUUCUUUGCUGCUCGGACAGAAUCUGGAAUGUGAAGCAAGUGAUGAGUUUGAUCCAGGUCGUUGUCAACACGAAGGUUCACUGAAGAACAUGCUCAGUGAUAAAGACCCCAUGUUUGGAUCUGCCAGUGACCAGUUUCAUCUUUUAGAAAAUGAAGAUGUCAAUUUCAAACUUGGAAGCUCGGCAGAUGUCGAUCAUGACAUGGGAACAGGUGUCAGUCAGAGUCCAUCUGAUGGUGAACACAGUCAGUCCAGUUUCUCACGGGGCAGGAAGAGUCAUGCAAGUCAUCCACAGAGGAGACAAACAGCAAGCCGGGGUAGAAUCAAAGGUGCACCAGGCAGGCGUCCAGGUCCUGCACGCAGACCAGCAGACAGGAAUGACCAAGAGGCAACAUCUAGUGGAAACUCUGAUGGAGAAACAGGCUCUGAAAAAAGGGAAGCCCUGCUCAGUCGUCGAUUUGGGCUCCAUGAGGUUGACUCAUCGAUGAACCCAGUAGUUGUGUUACGCCGAUUAACUGUUACUGUGGGAGGCUUUAAAAUUGAACUGCUCCCUGGACCAUCACAUUCAUUUGGAUCAUUUAACACAAGCGCCGUCCAGUCCCUGGACUUCCAAGAUGAGGCUAUGACUGCUGAUGUUAUCGGGAUAGAUUUGGGACAAAGCCAGGACGAUAACACACAAGAGGUUGAUCAUUCCACACAAGAAGUUGUGGGAGAAGUGAUGGUUGGCCAGCCUGGUAGUGACAUCAUGCCGAUGGAUUUGGGAACGUGUGUAAACCCAAAUGAUGUGCAAGAUGCCAACAGCACGGAAAACGCUGCACCAGCUGACACCAAAUCUAAUGACCAAAUCAAGACUCAAAAUCCCAGCAUGCAAAAAUCUUGUAACAAAAAUGGCAUGGCGGUGCAACCUGCAGUCAAAAAGCUUUUGGAACACAAACAGACUCUUUCUGCAGUCAAAAACAAGCAGUCUCAACUUAGCAGCCCAGGUCUCUUACAGAAGGUAUCCAGACAUAACAGAGACAAGAAAAUUCUUGUGAACCAACCAGAAAAACUUCAAAGCCACAAAGGGAAACCUGCUAAUGUCAGCUUGAAACGUACUGGAGGGGCUCAAUCUCCUAAAUCACCCACAAAAAUACAGAAGACUCAAGAUGGACAUCCUGUGCACUUAAAAGUUAGCCCGUCUGUCCCCGCGAGUGUAGGGAAAAAAACAUCCUCUGAUUCUGGCUCUGGUGUCAAGUCAGUCCUAAAUAAAUCUCCUCACCAUCUGAAAAAGCCACAGAAUCCUCCCACACCUGUAAAUAAAACAAACCCCCCAGUGACAAACAGCCAAGCAGAUGAGGAGCAGGAGAAGAUGAAGAAGCCAGAGAAGAUCCAGCAGACACACAAGAGUAGAAAUUCUCGGAGUAUCUCGAUAGAGGAACCGCAGCUGUUUAUCCCGGAUAAUGCCCCUGUGGUGAAGAAGGAAAGCGAGGGCGACCCUCCUCCUGAAAGUGAGACUGUUUGGGAUCACAACAAGCACUGUGGAUUAUGCAAGAAACCUCACAACAACAGGUUCAUGGUGGGCUGUGGGCGCUGUGAUGACUGGUUUCAUGGGGACUGUGUGGGUCUGGAUCUGGCUAAAGUUCAACAGAUGGAGGAGGAGGACCAGGAGUAUGUGUGCUUGAAGUGCUGUGCUGAAGAGGAUGGGAAACCCGGUGGGCAGGCCACAGAUCAGUCAGACGAUAAGUUAUCAUCUAAACUAAAACAGAGACCCCAGCCGUCACUCACUGCAGGUGGAAUACGGCCCUUCAGAAAAGACAUUGGAGAAAGACGACUGUCAGAAGAUUCUGCAUCAAAAAGUGGAGGAAAUGUGAAGCAUGAGAUGAAGAAAGUGAAAGUGUCUCACGUGAGCUCAAAGAAACCGUCCACCGGAAAAAUCAGGCGGAGCGUUAGAGACUCGCUGGAAGAGAUUCUUCUGAAACGACUGAAGGAAUCCGAUUUAAAGAUUUCAUCGGACAGGCCUGCUGAGUUGGCCAGAAAGACAGAGAAAGAGCUUUUUGCUCUCUUUCAGGGUGUUGACAGCAAAUACAAAAACAAAUACAGAAGUUUAACUUUCAACCUGAAAGAUGCAAAAAAUAAUGUGCUAUUCAGACGCGUACUCAAGGGAGAAGUUUCCCCUGCUGAUUUGGUGCGCAUGACUGGAGAAGAGCUGGCCUCUAAGGAACUGGCUGCUUGGAGACAAAGAGAGAAUCGACAUACGAUUGAAAUGAUUGAGAAAGAACAGAGAGAGGCAGAGAGACGCCCUAUCACUAAAAUCACCCACAAAGGAGAAAUUGAAAUUGAGAAUCAGGAGCCUACCAAAGCUCCAGAGGCCAUUGAAGUUGAGCCUGUGCCGAAAGCAGUAGAAGUGCCUGAGGAGAAACCCCCCGAGGCUAAAGCAGAGAGUCCCAAGAAAUCUGUAGAUACAACCAUUCUGCACAAAUCUCAUCUUUUUGACCUCAACUGCAAAAUCUGCACAGGUCGUAUGGCCCCACCUUCAGAGGAAGCCGCUUCAAAAGUGGUGAAAGUGGCUUUAACGGUCGUGAGGAGGCAGUCCAGUGCUGCUGAAGAAUCUCAGUCCUCCACAACUACACCUACAUCAGCACUGAUUGAUGAUCUGUCUUUAAGAGCCAUGCAGGAAAGUCUCCUCAAUUUCUUGCCUGAACCCAGGUCAGAUAGUCUGAGUAGCAAGGAAGAUACAGCUACUUUCCUCAGCAACUUGGAGAAACUGUGGGGUGGCUUUGUUGAUAUGCAUGCUGUGGCUAGGUUUUUAACAAAAGUUUAUCCUGUCUCUGGAAUUCUGGACCAUAUAACACUGGAUUUGCCAGACAACAUCCAAGUAGGUGGACGUAUUUCCCCUCAAAUAGUCUGGGACUAUGUCGAGAAAAUUCGUGCCUCUGGGACAAAGGAAAUUUGUAUAAUUCGUUUUGCCCCUGACACAGAAGAAGAUGAGAUCUCGUAUACUUUGCUCUACGCAUAUUUCAGCAGCCGUAGAAGAUAUGGAGUUGUUGCCAACAACCGUAAACAGGUUAAAGACAUGUAUCUCAUUCCACUUGGCUCCACGGAAAAAAUACCCCACCAGAUUGUUCCGUUUGAUGGUCCAGGACUGGAAACCAAUCGUCCAAAUCUUCUUCUUGGAUUAGUCAUUCGCCAGAGACCUAAAAGGGACUUUGAAGUAAUCCUGCCAAGUGAUGUUAGUGAUGCUCCAAGUUUCUUGGAAGAAAGCAAACCUCAAGUUAACGACAAGCAGAAGGCUUCUAUGACACAAGAUGUGGACCAAAGUUUUAUUGGUGUUCUGGGGACCACACAUACAAAAGACCCUGCAGAUCUGAUUAAAUCAGUUGUUGAAGAUGAACCAAUAUUGGAUACAGAGACCGAUGAGAAUGUUUCUUUGCGUUUUCUUCCUGGUGUGCUGAAGUUGCCUGGAAUCACCACAUUCACCUCAAGUGACAAUGUGAAGAGUGUCUCUACAACACCAGUGCCCAAGACUUCAACUGUUGAUGGUGGAAAUCAAGCAGGAAUUCAACCUAAAUAUACAAGCAGUAGUCCUCGACUUGACCGCUUCGUAAUCAAGAAAAAAGACCCAAAAACUGUAAAAACAGAAGAAGCACCAUCUAACUCAAGUCUGGAGACUAGAUCAGAAGCAAACAAGAAAGAAAGAAACCCCCAGAGUGGAGUUGUGCUUUCUCUUAGUGAUAAACCUCCAGAUGUAUCAACAGAUAGUUUCCUUUCCUCUCUCGCAAUGGCCAAACCCAAAGAGGAUUCCAGCAACACUAAUACAAAGAGUAGCACAGCUGCACCCACUAGUCAAGAAACAAACGAAACUACUUUGUUAGAUGUGUCAAAAGAUGCUGUUAGUGACAGUUCAAACUUUGGCCCCAAAAACAAAACUGUUUCGAGUCCCACCAAGACUUUAAAGACACCUCCCCCAGGCAUUUUAAAGAAAUGGUCUUCUUCAUCUUGUGAUUCUACUGAUUUACAACCACAACAGUCCUUAAGUAAUUCAGAAAUAUCUCAGCAGAAAGUUACUCUGCAGCCACCUUCUCAACUUGCCCUAGAGUGCAAAGUCAUUGAUGAAAUCCAACCCAUCACCAUUAUCUCAUCUACGGGCAUAAAUGAAGGUCUCAAGCAGUCCAGGUCCUCCUCUUUCAACCCCAAUGUUUACAGUCCACCAAGCCAAGUUCCUCCACCACCUGCUUUCUCAUCUUAUCACACUGGUGCACCUGAACACCAAUACCACCCUAGGCCGGUACACAAUUACCCUCCACCUGCCAAUCCUGCACCAUUUUUACCUCUUCAGUCAUCUCCACCUUUCCCAUUUUGUCUUGUCCCUCCUCCUCCUCAAGUAUUUCCUCAAACUGAUCCUCAAAGUCACAUGCUUGCUCCACCUUGGCCUCAAGCUCUACAUCCUCCAAUGCUACCUGGACCUCCAGUGAUAUAUGAAACCCAAAGGCUGCCUGAGCCAAGCUUGUCGACCCCUUUGCCCUCUAGCAAAGACGAGAAGGGUUCCGACAUGUCAUCCAGACGCUCUGAGGAGACCUACAGAAAGGAGGACCGAGACCGCUAUGACAGACAACAUCAUAAAAGCAAGUACUACGACAGGGAUAGAGAAAAACACAGGGACAGAAGUCACAGUCACAAAGACCGCCACUCGAAAGACGAUAGGUAUGAGAGGCCAAAAGAGUGGCACAGCAGCAGCAGCAGUAGUAGCAGCAGCCAUUACAGACGGGACUCUGAUCACGAGAAACACAGGAGAGACUCAAGGGACAGGCGCUCAUGAUUUUUAUACUCAUCACCACAUCUGUUUCUUGCCAUGUUCCUUAAAACUAUGUAAAGCAGUAGAUGAAAUCUAUUUAUAAAGGUUCAAAAUGAUUUUUAUAUUAUGAACCGAUGUUAGUUCCAGAUUUUUAGUAGGCUUGUGUUUUUUUUUUUAAACUUGGAGGAUAUUUGUUGGUUUUUAAGUGUAAUUCCCCCCACAGUCUUUCUUAGACUAAGCAUGUCUUCACAAGCAGCUUGUCCUAAUCAAUUACAAGAUUUUGGAAAUGAUACUACUUUUAAGCGCAUAGUGCCAUGAGAAAGGACAUCCCAUGGAUCAUGAGAACGGCUUAUUUUGCUUCACCAUUUGUUCUACCAUUUUAAUUUUUCUAAAUUGUCUUAAGGAUUUUCUACGUUUCAGGUGACAGUUUUCUUUGUACAUUUUGGCUUGUCACACUAAAGAAAUGUGCAUAUUCAGCACAUUGUGUUUAUGUACAUUUCAUAAUAAAAUGUUUUUAUUGUUAGUAGAAAUUAAAAUCUUUGUUUCUUAAAGAUACUAAUUUUUUAUUGGACCCAAGCAUUGUAAUUUAAAAUAAACACAAGUUCAAAGAAGAAGGUAAUGUUUAUUUCAGAAUGACAAAUAAAUUGAUUAUGCAAACAAUUUGAUGGGGAGGCAAAACAUCGGACAAUGACAUAAAAAUCUUUUUUCACUGUAAUAUUGUUUAGAAAUUAUGGAAAAAUAUUCAAAAUUGCAACAACAGAGAAAGUGCACACGUGUGUAAAGUCACACACUCAUGCUGUUUUAAGUUCAUGGUGGUUUGUGCAUCUGGGUUUU